CUGACGAGGUCACCAAGUUAGAGGAGGACAUCCAGAAAGUUAUUGAUCAAAUCCACUCAAUGUCUGAUGGGAAGACACGCAGCUUUAGUGUCCCUUCCGCAGAGGAAGGUAUCAACUUCAAUGCAUAUUACAGCAUUCUGGGUAAGCUUUAUGGUCUGUUUCAACCACUGAUGAAACAAGGGUUCAUCAGUAACCUUCCAAAAACGUUAGUUUGCAUCCUGUCUGGCAGACAGGACUGCGGACCGCAGGCCGAGUUGGUAAAGACGGUGUCUCUGGAGUUAGGGCAGCCGCUGCUAACGUUUUUGUUGUCUCUGAGAUCCCAGACAUGCACUCCGCCGACCACCGAUGGAGAGUCAAGCAGCUUCUUUUGGACGUACCUCCGGAUGGGGGACACGGGGACACCACUAAGUGGUUUUCAGCAAACAUUUAUCGACAUGCUAUUAAGUGUUUCUGGCUCUGAGAGCGUGAUGGGUACUGUGAGAGGCCUCCUGGACACAGCUGUGACACAUCUGUUAAAGGUCAUGGCAAAGGUCCUGCAAGUACCAAUGGACUACGUGCGAUUAGCUUUACAGUUUGGAAUUAAAGUCCCGUCUUUAGAUGAAGAACAGACCUGUGUGCAAGGAGAUCUCAAGCAGCUCAUUAUGUGGGGAAUAAAGCACAAUUUGACGUGGUCAUUGAACAUGGCGCUCGUUGACAUCGUCCUGGAGAACGUGCUGCCCUCGGAACAGUCCUCGUAUCCGGGCCCGGAGUGCCAGAGUCCCCCGUCCUUCCGCAGCGGCCCGGAGCCUGCAGCCUCCUCUCAUACCAGCCACCAGUUCUCCUGCGAUCACCGCGACCUGGCCCCUCUCAAUGACACGCUCUGUGCUGAGAUCCUGGCCAGUGGGGGGAGCGGCUCUGCAGCCUCCCUGCUGCCUCUGUGCCGGGCCCUGGGCUCCCUCAGCCUCACACAGCUGCAGCAGGUCUGGAGGAACGCGUGUUAUCUCCUCCAAGCCCUGGCGGCUCCGCUGGUCGCCAGGUCUCCUGACUGCAGUGUCGGGGACACGUGGCCUCCCCCGGUCAUCCCACCUGAACACCAGUCUCCUCCUGCCGGCUCCACCUCUGAGCAUCACCGGGUUUCCAGGGAAGCGUGGAGCCUCCGGCAGCUGGCCUGCGACUACAGCAGCUGGCUGCAGAGCAGCGAGCUGGACGCCGGGCUCGUGUCGCUGUGCAGCGAUAAUGACCGCCUGGAGUUUGGGAGGCGGGUGUGUAACAACUCCACCUUGAUGAGAAGGCUGCUCUCGGAGCAGAGCAACAGCUGGCUGUAUGGAUACUGCGCCAACUCCUCGGCCGGCCCCGAGCCCGUGGUGGAUCAGUUCUGCCGGUACGAGCAGUGGCUGGACCAGCCCGGGGUCACGGUGCAGCCGGCCCUGCUGGAGCUCUGCAUGACCUUUGACAGUCCUAAACUGACCAAACUCAUCUGCGAGCACACCGGAUUGUUAAUGCUUUUAAUGUCCAACCCCGACAAUUGGCGGUUCAUGCCUAACUGCACCACUUUGGGCCCCCCGACGCCUUUCCCUGGCCCCCCCGGGCCCUCGCAGUUGGAGUCAUGUCGUUACUCCGAGUGGCGUGAUGCCACGCUCAUCACCACGGACCUGUUAUCAAAGUGCAUCCGCUUUGAUCAGAGUAGUUUCACGAGGGAGGUCUGCUCAAACACGACCUUUUUACACAGCCUCCUGCUCAAUAAGGACCAUGCCUGGCUGGAGAUGCACUGCAACACCUCCCUGAAGCUCCCGACGCCGGAGCCCAGCCAGGCCUUCAGCCAGGCCUUCAGCCUGGCGGCCUGGUGCAACUACAGCAUGUGGGGGGAACAGGUGGACGAGUCGGUGGUUGGACUCUGCUGGCAGCACGACCAGGACGCCUUUAGGGAGAAUGUCUGCUGCAAGGCGCCUGUGCUGGAGAAGCUGCUGGAGCAUCCUCACAACCAAUGGCUCACCUCAGUCUGUAGCAACGCAGAGGAAAUAACUGUCACUCCACAGUUGUGCAGGUAUUCUGAAUGGACCAGACCCAUCAUCGUGGAUAUGACUGAGCUCGCCCUCUGCGCUGAGCUCGACCCACUCAACUUCACCUCCAUCGUUUGUUCCCAUGAUACAAUCAUCCAGAACCUGUUGGCCAACCAGGACAACGUCUGGCUGACGCAGCACUGUGCCAACCACUCAGGCAUUUCUCCCGAUGCGGGUGGGGGGCAUGAUGGGGAUGGGACUGUAGUCGACCCUGCUGAGCAGUGUCACUACUCCAGCUGGAGCAUAUCUCCUCCAGAUGUUGCUCUCCUGACUCUGUGCUGGGAGCAUGACCAGGCCAAUUUUGUCUCAUCCAUCUGCCCUAAUUCUGGUCUGCUCCUUGUCCUCUCCCGGGAGCCAUCCAGUGCGUGGGUCAGCAGCAUGUGCACCACCUACACCAACAGCACUACCCCAGGCCCAGUUUCCUGCGUUUCCAAAAAUGUGAUGGAGCAGUUUGGCUGGAUCUGCCCUACCUACUUCGCCUCGGCGUGUAAGCCCUGUGCCACUCAGAAUAUGGUCCUGCAGAUGAUAGCACGCUGCUGGGUGGAGAAUCUGAGAUCCAGGGCAGAAGAUAUGCUCACUGCACCUGUUGCUGCUAUGCUGGACCGGGCAGUCAGCACAACCGUACUGGUCGUGCUGACCGUUGAGGAUGUCCAGGGCUCUUUGUGGCAUGUCAAAGACACCGUAAGGCAAAGUGUCCUGAAGUCUGUAGUUGACUUUUUCGAGAGGGAAAAGAACCCCGAGCCGAAGAGGGUGUUGCUCCAGUGCUUUGGGACUGUCCUCAGCAGCUUGCUGCAGACGACCAGAGAAGUGACUGGUGAUGAGCUGCUUCUCAUCAAGGAGUACUACAGUUUACCGCUGAGCAGCCUGAGGCCAGUGUUGGCUGCAGCACACAUUAGCACCGUCAGACUGAUCCUUCAGUACUACAGCAGAAUCAAAAACACACUGCAGGUGUCUGAUCAGUACCUGUCCACCAUGGUGUCGGUGCUGCUCCAGACUCACUUGGCAGUGGAUGAUAAACUCUUCCCUGAGCUGGCCCCACUGCUGGUUGCAGCCAGGCCAGCGGACAUCCAGUCUUUGCCCUCCCUGCAGAGCAACGUCAACGCGCGGGAAACUAUUAACAGAAACUUAAACGGCAUGAGCCUGGACCAGCGGGAGGCCUUUGGCUUGUGGUACAGCAAAGUUCUGUCUCCCUCCAACAUCACCAGAGGUCAUCAGUCGCUGAUCAGGGACACCGGGAACCUGAUCGCUUACCUGCCCUUCCAGAGCUUCCAACACCUCUCACCUGCUCAGUUGCUGGAUGGGCUGGAUUUGUUGCAGAGAAACACUCUUCCUUCACUAAAGCAGGAGUUCGUUGCUUGCAGCAUCAUCGGCACACACAAGAACCUGACAGCUCAGGACUUUAUCAGGCUGGGAAAUCUGUCCUGCCUGGCAGACCCAGCGGACCUCCUUGCGUACAGAAACAGCGAGGCCUUCGGGGUCAUCCAGGACAGUGCUAUGAACUGCAUGCGCAGUGGGCUCAGUAUGCCCAGCCAACUGGUUUCCAGCUUGUUGCUCAACAGUUCAGAAUUACAGGUCCCAUCCUCACUGUCUGCUGACCGACUGACGGAGCUCGCACCCCUGCUGCCGUCACUUGGCAUAACAUUUCUGCAGGGCCUGACCGCAUCGCAGCUGCAUGCUGUCCUCCCUGCCCUCAGCUCCAUCUCAUUCACCUCAGAGCAGGCUUCUAUAAUUGUGGAAAAGCUGUUUUCAAGUAACACACUGGUCCCAGCCCAGCUGCAGGAACUGGGCUCCCUCAUUGUAGGAGUGAAGACGGAGACUUUGCUGAGCCUCACUUCCGACAUACUGCUGUCUUCCCUGAGGGGCAUCACCCAAUACACAGAGGGCCCGCCAUACAGACGAGGCCUCUGUCCACCAGUGGCAAUCGCCAUCACCACCAAAUUAUGGGGUUUUCCAGAAGUUGUCAACUGGUUGAACGACGUGGAGCCUUUGCUCAGCUGCACGCCCCUGCUCAGCGUCCUGCCCAGGACUCGUCUGCUUGUGGACAAACUCUCCAACACGUCCACAAAACAAUGGAACACACAGCAGGCUAUUGCCAUUUUCAAAAAGCUUCUUGAGGCUAAUCCAAAUCAAAUACAACAACAUUUUCUGAAUCUGGGAACGUUGGGUCAGGGUGUGACCUGCAAAGUCUUACAAGAACAUUUCCGGGCCGAUCCGUCACCUUCUUCAGUGAGAAAGAUCCUGGCCUUCCUCAGACAGCAGCCUGGGCUUCUGCACACCUCUCUGAAAAAGUGUCUGGUUGAAGAGUUGUAUCAGUUUGAGUUUUUCCCUGAGUUGCUUGGAGAUCUUGGAGUGGAAAUUGCUCUGUCUAUGCCGGUGAGCACCAUCAAGAAGUUUUCUGCAGAUGUGAUGGACACUUUGAGGGGGAUGAUUGUUGAGGACCCUCGUCACUUUCUUAUGCUGUCUAGAACCAAGCAGGAGCUGCUGGUAGAUAAAAUAGUCCAGAGGAUGGGCAUGUACACGGGGCUGUUCACUGAGGAGGAGUUUCGCUCGCUGGGCAUUAUGGCACCGUUUGUGGUGGAUGAAGUUUUCAUUCAGGUGGACCGCGGCUUCUUCAGUAAAAAUCUGGAAUUCCUCAAGGAGCUUUGCUACAGCAGCAGAAAAAUGGAAAUCAUGGCUCGGAUCCUGCUAGACCCAGCUGUUUUGGGUCCUGUGGAGACCUGGAACCAGACAACACUCAGUCAGGUGGGACGCCUCCUCUUCUUCCUGCCAGUUGACAUACUGCAGCAGAUUCCAAUGGAGCUGAUGUCAGUGGGGCGUAUAGAGAAGUUGUUCAUGAGCCAUCGUGAGUGGGAACGUGGAGAUGUGGGAGCCCUCUGUGCAGACGGGAAUGACAGGAAGACGGCUUUUGAAAAACAGCAGUAUGUUCUGCAGUUUUUCCUGGGUUUCCUCAGAAUGUAUCCUCAGUCACCGACUCCCAUGGUUCCUACCUGUGAAGUCCUGCAGACGACGUCUCCCUCUGCAUGGACCUCCAACAGUCUAACCAGCAUGUCUCCGUCUGCUUUCUCCAACUGUCUGGAGCUGAUGGGCCAUGACCCGUUCCUUGCAUCCUACCAACGAAGUGCGGUGCUCAGCAGAGUCAAAAAGAUGUAUGGCCCUGUCUCUUCCUUCUCCCAGUCUCUGAUUGCUCAGCUGGGUAGAAUAGCGACAGAGCUGUCACCAGAGGAGCUGAGCGCUCUUCCACUGACGGAGCGGAGGAGCAUCGGUGCUAUGGGAGCUGUCAGCACCUGGAGCAACAGACAGCUGGCUGCACUGUUUACGUCCGUCUUAAACUCCACCAAGCAGAAUCCCAGCCAACUGGACUCCAGCACACUGGUGGCUCUGGGAUACAUUGUAUGUGGAGCUAAAACAACAGAGAUCAUGUCUUUUAAUAACGUUGAGUUCAGUAAGGCGGUGCUCUGGCUGGGUCAGCUGAGGCUGUCCUGCUCAGAGGAGCAGCUUCUGGCUCUGGUGGGGCUUCUCAGCCACAGCCUUGCUUUUGGACCCAUGAGCUCAUGGGGUACUGAUGUGUUCGCUGAAGUCGGAGUGCUGGCAGCUGGCCUCCCAGAUAUGGCGAUGUCAGCUCUGGUGAAAGAGCAAAUUGAAGGUAUCACACCUAUGGCUAUCUCAAUGAUACCACCUGAAAAGCUUGCUGUGACAUUUCACCAGAGACAGAUCAACAUGUUCUCCUAUGAGCAGGCCGCAGCGGUAACUCAACAGCAGCUCCUUGCUCUCUCUGAUGUCCAGAGAACAGCUCUGGCUAUGGUACUGACUCCCUGGGAGAACAGGCCUGUAGACUUUAGAGGGAGGUCACCGGGGCUGAUGCUGAGCCACAGUCCUCUGUGUCUCUCACUGGGACUGCUGAUACUGCUGGCCAUCCUGUCCUGCUCUGACACAUGACCCCGCUCACCCCGGAUGGAUCAGGAGGUCUCAUUCAUCUGUGCAAUACCGUACUGCUAUGCAAUACCUCUGGAUUUCUAUCAAUCGCAUUUAUUGAGAUUCUAAUCUGUUUUGUGCAAAAAUGACUUUCACAAAUAUAAGAGGCAGUGAAGGUUAACUGAAUAAUUAAAGAUAAAAUUAAAUUUUAAGCAAAAAAUCUGACUUAUUUUCUUUGUAUGUGUCUAAUUAUUUAUUGUAUAAAUCCAUGUGAACCCCUCCUGUCCCACUCUAUCCUUCUCAGGGAUGUGAAGCCAUACCCAGAAUGGUAACCUAAAUAAAGGUUCAGAUAUAGCUAUGAAAACAAUACAUAUAUUUAUAUAGAUUACUUCUGUUGCAGACCUAUAGUUAUAUAUUUAUGUGAGACAAAACAUUUUCUAGAAGUUGUGUUUACUCUCUAUCAAAGGUUACCUCAAUAAGGUACAAAAUUCUUAGCAAAACCUGAUUGUAUUAGCACUGAUUAACUUCAGUUCUUUGUUGCUGUGAAUUUUGUAUUGUUG